CGAGGAGCCGCCCCUUCUGGCUCAGUCCGCCGCCGGCGCCGAGGCCUCCAGUCCUGCGCGAAGGGCCCGCCAGGCCACGGGCGCAGCCAGUGCCAGCCAGACGCAGCGCAGGAGCCUCUCGGCCGCUCCAGGGAUCUUAAAGGGGCUCCCCCCCUUGGGUCACCCUCCUCCAGCUGUACCGCUUGGGGCUCCUCCACCGGCCCUGCCUCGCUUCUGCGCCGAGGAUGUUUAGCCCGAAGCCCUACGACAGCCCUCCCGCUGGAUACGGACCCCCGGGGGAGGACUACGGGUACCCCGUCAAGUUGCCCCCGCCGGGUUCCUACUACAUCGAGGACGAGCCCCAGCUUUUCUACAAGUGGACCUCCCCGCCCAGUGUGGUGAGGGUCCUGGAGGGGCUGGGCGUCCUGCUCUGCGUGGCCAUCUUUGCCUGUGUGGCCUCCACCCUGGCCUGGGACUACGGCUACGGGGGCCUCUACGGCGGAGGCAUAGGCGGCGGCUACUACGGCAUGGGGGGCUACGGCGGCAUGGGGGGCUACGGCGGAGGCCUGGGCGGCUACUACGGCGGCUACGGCAUGGGGGGCUACUACGGGGGCAUGACCAACCCCCGGGCAGCCAGCGGCUUCAUGCUCGCCAUGUCGGUGCUGUGCUUCAUCGCCCUGUUGGCUCUGGCCGUCGUCAGCCUCACCAAGUCCAGUGCGGCCCGGUCCAGGCGGUUCUACCUGGUGGCCCUGGUGAUCUGCGCCCUGCUGGCCUUCGUCAUGCUGAUUGCCUCCAUCGUCUACAUCGUGGGGGUCAACCCCCAGGCCCAGAUGGGGGGCAGCUACUACUCGGCCAACCCCAUGCUGGCCUUGUGCAACCAGGUCUACACCGGGGGAGCCUCCUACAACCAGUACCUGUACCACUACUGCAUGGUGGACCCCCAGGAGACGCCGGAGUACCAGAGCAAGAAAAUGGAGACCAAAUCCCUGCGCAAGAAGCUUUUCCACAUCAAGAGGAUGGUGGGCGAAUACGACAAGCACCGCGGCUGAGCCUGGGGAGGGGCCCCGGCACUGAGCCCCCCCCCCCUGCCAAGAGAGGGGCCGAGGCCCAGCAUGUCUCCCGGGGCGCAGGACGGACGGACGGACUCCAACCUGCCAAGCCAGGCUUUUCCUUGGGGCCUGGGGACGCUUGGCGAAGGCCAGCCAGAGACUCGGGGGGGGGGGGCGCCUGUGUGCUGGUGUGCCCCCCCCCAUUCCAAGAGACGAGGAUGAGAUCCGUGUGUGCGCCUCGUUUUGUGCAUUUCCUUAUUUUUACGCUUUUUUCUCCCGUCUUGUGCCAAAAUGCUCGGAGGCAGAGAGGACGGUGGGCACCGGCCCCUAAAUCUCUCUCCUUUUGUGGGGGGGGGAGGGUCUCUCUUGG